CAUGCCGCUACUGCCCGCUCUGCUCCAGUACUUCCUGAAGAACACAACAAUCUGGGUUACAGUCUGAGUUUCUGUGGAUUGUUUUUAUCCACAUCUGAAGUGUUUGUGUUAGAGAAGACGCAGGCAUGGAGGAGGUUUACACCCAGGGCAUCUGGAUGGCGGAGAGUCUCCAGCUGAGUACGAUCAGUCAGGAGAAAACCUGGCAGGUUGUGACUCACAUUGGAGACCCUAAAGCUGCCUUUCUGCUGCUCUUUCCAUUCACUUAUUUCAUCAACAAACGAGCCGGAGUGUCGGUGCUUUGGGUGGCAGCCAUAUCCGAGUGGUUGAACCUGGUGUUUAAAUGGAUGCUGUUUGGAGAACGGCCCUUCUGGUGGAUCGGAGAAUCACGUCUGUUCGUCAACAAGCAGCCCAAAGUUCACCAGUUCUCCUCCACAUGUGAAACUGGCCCAGGGAGCCCGUCGGGACACGCCAUGGUGACGGCAGCAGCCUGGUGGGUCGUGGUGUCCUCGCUGGGCUCCUACCUCUACUCACGCACUCACAGCGUGGUGCUCUCAGCGGCUCCCUACCUGCUCUACCUGCUGCUGCUGGCGGCCGUCGGCGUCUCCAGGAUCUUCAUCCUCGCUCACUUCCCUCACCAGGUCGUUGCCGGCUCCGUCACAGGUUUUAUCCUGGGUCUGGUUCUGAGCCGCCGGGUGCCUGAAGGGCGCCCCCUGCUGUUCUUCUUCUGCCUCAGCUUCGGCCUGCUGCUCAGCACGCUGCUGCUGCACGCCGGGCUGCAGCAGCUGGGCGUCGACCUCUCCUGGUCGAUCUCUCUGGCUAAGAAGUGGUGCAGCCAUGCAGAGUGGAUCCGCCUGGACACGGCCCCGUUCUCCUCUCUGACCCGGGACUGCGGGGCCCUGCUGGGUCUGGGUCUGGCUCAGUACUGGAAGCCCGGCGGCUGGUCUCUGCCCUGGGCUCCCCGGGCUCUGUCUCUGGCCUUGUCCUCCAUGGGACUGUACCACGUCAACCGGCUGCCGCUGCCCGUCCGGCCGCAGGCGAUCUUCUACGUCCUGUUCUUCGUCAAGUUCGUCAUUGUGCCGCAGGUCGUGAUGGUGUUCGUGCCCGGACUGGUUCACCUGCUCACACACAAGAAGAAGAAGGACUAGAAGCUGUUUUCUUUCUCUCACACCUACAAGGACCAUCGCGUCCUCCUGAGUUUCUAUAAGCACUUUAAUCGUCUUUUUUAUUCAUUUCUUGGGUGUAAAAGCUGUAGAUGUUUACUCCUACAUCUCUACUGGAAAGGCUCUUCAAUCAGUUUUCAGUCAUGUUUUACAGGGUCCUUAAAUGUGCCGAUUGUAUCAGAUUAUUAAUUUACUGCAUAUUUGCAGUAAAUCUAUAUACCACAGUAGUAAAAAGUGUAAAUACAACAGUAUUUUUUCUAUAAUCAUGACUUGUUCUGGUGGGUUAAGGUCACUUUUUCAAAGGAAAUAUAUAAUCUGUGACUUGAAAACCCUGUUAGGAAAGGUCUAGCAUUUGAAUGUUGCUGGAAUGAUACUUAAUUGAUUAUUUGUUCUCACUUUAUUGAGGACGUUUAAGGUAAAAAAGGUCUUACUGAGGGUCUGAGGGCUGAAACGUUGCUCAAAAAGUGAGUUUUUUAUCCAAUCAUUAGUCUGUUUCUGUUACUGAAGAAAGGUCGAAAGAAUCCUCCACUGAUUAAACGUUACACUCCUUUAAAGGUGAACAGGUGAAAAUAUAAAAGCAGCAGAACCAGAAGUAUCUGUUUUUAUUCCACACAUUCUUCCUCUUCAAACCCUGCUGCUUCAUUACCCACGAUGCAACUCAACCACCAGUAGUUCAGUUCAGAGAUCUGGGUGUCUUCUAUACCGAGAUGUGGCUGUGUAAAGAGAGGUGGGGCCCCUGUUCAUUCCUGUGAAACUUGAUGAGUGGUACAUGGUGCUGAAAUAAAAUCACUUGGAUCUUUUGUGGCUCUUACACAUAUAUGAGGCCAGUGGAGACAGGAUAAAAUGAUUUAAUUGUGUCUAGACUUUCCAAAUGUUCUCAGACCAAAUGGAUGAAAUACCUUACUUAAGUUAACUGACGUAUGUAAGCUAAGUGAUGUACUUACCUUAUACCUCUACGUGAUUUACAUAAAGUCCACAUGGACUUGGUUUAACAUUCGUACUUCAGUUACGUACCAAUUUUAACCCAAACCAGGAUCCUCUGGGACCAAGUCACUGUACUGCAAGAAAGCAAGUUUCAAGUCCCCAGUUAUGAUUCUAAUUGUAAGUCAAGGCCAGAGUCAGGUCCUAAACUUUGAGUUUUGA